AUGUCUGCGACACCUCGCAAACCGGGCUCGCCAGCCACUUCCAACAAAGCCGCAACCACCGAUUCUGUUCACGGGAAUGGCACACCGUCGCGCGGCCAUUCUCGAUCUCCCACUGCGUCAAGUGGCUUGUCACGCAGUCCGUCUCUCCGCGGAUCAGCUCCCGUCUCUGCGCGUGCCGCUGCCCGGAAACCUGGCCGCUCCAGCUUGAGUGUGUCAAGUGUUCCCAAAGCCGCUGCCGAUCCAUCGGAAGAUGAAGCACGUGCUCAGAAUGUCGCUCUCAUCGAAGACCUGAAGGAGCAAUUGCAAAAGGCGGAGACAGCCUCCGAGCAGUACCGCAAGCAGUUGGGUGUUCUGCAGAUGCGUCUGGAUGAGGCUGUCAGUGAACAAGGCAAAAUGGAGGACCAGACUCAUGAGAAGGAGAGCAAGAUUGAGGCCCUGAAUGGCGAAAUUCGUGAGCAGGUCCGACAGAUCCGCGAUCUAGAGCAGGCGCACGAGCUGGAACGGAACGCUAUGUUGCAGGAGAAGGAACAACAGGCCAGCCGUGAAGAGGAGAUGCAGGCAACCAUCCAGCGUUUGAAGGAGUCUCUGGCACAAAAGGAAAUGCGUAUUAACGCGGAGAGCGACAAGCACGUGUCCCGUUCUUCCAGUUUCCGCAAUCGCUCCUCCCCCGAAGUCGACGGGCAAUUUGCGCCUUCGUCCCAAAUUGAGCGCAGUCCCUCCCGAAACAACUCGAAACUCCUGUUGCAGAAGGAUAAGCUGAUUGAGUCCCUGCGGCUCGAAUUAGCCGAGUCCCAGAUUAAACUUGUGGAGAUGGAAAAUCAAGGAGGUGGCCGACAAAGAGAACUGGAAAAGGAACUUCUCGAGGCCCGUAUGGCAAAUGCCCGUCUCAUGGAAGAUAAUGAGAGCUAUCAGCUCCUUCUCAGCGAACGAACCCUGAAUGGCGAUUUCACCAAGGGUGACUUCAUGCGAGAAGUCCUGCCCGAGGCUGCAGACACCAAGGAAACCAGCAGCGGGCUCGGCUCAUUGGCAGACGAAUUGGAGUCCGUGGACGCUCGAGAGCCAGAUGAUACCCGCAAGCUCGAGUCAGAACUCAAGGCCCUGAAGGAUCAGAACAAGGCUCUGACACUCUACAUCGAGCGAAUCAUCAGCCGACUUCUCCAGCACGAAGGAUUCGAGACCAUUCUCGACAAAAACGAGAAUGAACCGGCAGGAGGGGCUAAAUCGGCCGGCAGCGACAAGGACCUCCCACCUACUCCGCUGGAAAAAGACGAUGCAGGGCAAACUUUCCUCCAGAAAGCCAAGUCGGUCGUCUCCGGCCAGAACAAUAAGCCGACACCUCGGUCACGUCCCCAGAGCAUGAUGCCACCACCACCACCACCACCGGCUCUAACUGCCCAUGAGAACCCAGAGACCGCCCCUAGCAUUCCUCUCAACCGCGCACAGUCAGUGCGAUCUGGCCACCGUCGAACGAGGUCCGACCAAGCAGACAUUGCGGCGGCAAGUGUUGUCGGCCAGAUGUAUCGAGGACGUAACUCUGGCGGUCCCAUAAGCCCGACUAUGAUGGGCCCUGGGUCUCGCCAGAGUGCUUUCACAGGGUCAAGUUACAUGUCAGGAAUGAGUGGCAGCGUUCGCGCCCCAUCCCUUUCUAGCCAGCCGGAGCGUGGGCAUUUAAGCAGCUCAGGCAGUGUCUCAAGUGAUGCUCCCGGUGACACAGCUUCAACCGGUGCAACCUCAAGCUCCCCUCGCUCAAGCAACGGCAUGACAAACUAUACAGGGGCAGUGAUGACCCAGAACAAAUUACGACCUUUGCGACUUGUCAGUGAGACCAAAGCUGCCGAGGAAGAGGAAGCCGCCCGGAAAAGGGCCAACAGAGGAAGCUGGAUCUCAUGGUUCAAUCGUCCCGGCUCGAGCGACGCUACACCACCAUAA